UAUUUCGAUUUGUACCGAAACGAGUACUUCUUCGACAGAUCCCGUUCCUGUUUCGACGCCAUCCUCUACUACUACCAGUAUUUCGAUUUGUACCGAAACGAGUACUUCUUCGACAGAUCCCGUUCCUGUUUCGACGCCAUCCUCUACUACUACCAGUCCGGUGGGCGACUCCGGCGACCCGUCAACGUCUCCCUCGACAUCUUCGUCGAAGAGAUCAAGUUCUAUGAAUUAGGCGAACAGGCGUUCGACAAGUUUCGCGAAGACGAGGGCUUUAUUAAAGAUGAAGAGAGACCCCUCCCGAAGAACGACACCCAACGAAAGUUGUGGCUACUCUUCGAGUUCCCUGAGUCGUCCCAAUGGGCUCGGGUGGUGGCCAUCAUAUCCGUGGUUAUCAUCCUCUUGUCGAUAGUGAUCUUCUGCUUGGAGACGCUGCCGGAGUUCAAACACUACAAGAUCUACAAUAUCACCGAAAACAUCACCCGAAUCAUCGAAGACGAGACGCCGUCAGUGACGGAACCAUUCUUCAUAGUCGAGACCCUCUGUAUUGUGUGGUUUUCCGUCGAGAUAAUCGUCCGCUUCCUGUCGUGUCCGUCGAAACUCGAGUUCAUUAAAGAUAUCAUGAAUACCAUCGAUUUGGUGGCCAUUAUUCCGUAUUUCAUAACAUUGGCCACAAUUAUGGCCGAGAAGGACGAGGAUCGGCACCGCUUUGUGGCCGAGAGGGGCAACCAAGCCAUGAGUUUAGCGAUACUACGGGUCAUACGACUGGUGCGUGUGUUCAGGAUAUUCAAACUGAGCCGACACUCAAAGGGUCUGCAGAUACUCGGCCGCACACUGAAGGCCAGUAUGCGUGAGUUGGGUCUCUUGAUAUUCUUCUUGUUCAUCGGUGUUAUACUCUUCUCGUCGGCCGUCUAUUACGCUGAGGCCGACUCCGACCGCUCGUACUUCAAGUCCAUUCCCGACGCCUUCUGGUGGGCCGUCGUCACAAUGACAACUGUAGGCUACGGUGAUAUGCGACCGGUGGGUGUUUGGGGCAAAAUCGUGGGCAGUCUGUGCGCGAUCGCCGGUGUAUUGACUAUAGCGCUACCGGUGCCGGUGAUUGUGUCCAACUUCAACUACUUCUACCACCGGGAGACCGAUCAGGCGGACCUGGAGUCCACGAACUUCAAUCACGUGUCCGGUUGCCCGUACCUGUCGGGAGUGGUGGGCACCUCUAAACUGCGGCGCACCUCCUAUAGUGAUUCAAACAUAUCCCGGAGCGGCGGCGACGAUAACGAAGACAUCUGUGGAGCCGCCGAUGAUAACGAGGACUCGUAUAGGAGGCCGGUGUCGGCGGCUGGGGGUGGGCUGACGGGGACGGCCUCACCACUCAUAUCGUACAACUCGAGCCGCGAUCUGCACCACAACCUCCGCAACAACAACGACCACAACGCCAGCCAUCACAACAGCCACUCCUUCAUCAGCGACGACAACAACGCAGAGCUCAUCCAAUCGCGACAUUUCAGUCAUUAUUGUCAUCAACUGAUCCCGACGUCGAUGGCCACCACCGACGCCGACACGGAUACCGACACAGACUUCACGAUCAAUACGAACGUAGAUAACAGUAGUAGUAAUAAAUGUGUGCUUAAUAUACAGCCCGUGUCGUCGCCCACUCAGCUACCAGUGCUGUUGCCCAUCCAUCAUCACCACCACCAUCACCAGCAACGGUGUGACUGUAUCUCAUCGCCAGCCGGUUCUUCAUCGACAGUUGGUUCGUCUUCGGCGGUCAUUAAUUCUUACUACAAGUCUAUGGAAGCGAUCGCUGGAGUGAGGAGUCGGUCGCCGACACCACAGCCGCCACAAAGACUAUUAGCUACCAGUGCUAUACCACUGACAUUAGGGCCACAAAUCAGUGCUUCCAUUGCGGACAAUACGACCACAACACCUGCCAGUGCGGUCCAGAGUGUGGAUAAUAAUAGGACUAAACACAUAGAUAGGAGUAUUAGUAGUGAUUAUCACAGCGCUGUCACGAACAUACCUCCCGGUGUGGACAGUAGUGGUUCACAACAUAUACUACCCAUUGAGACCGAUGUCUGA